GAGAACGUGGAACUCCUGUAACCCGGCACCCAUGCACUAGUAAGGUCCCAUACCAGUCUCACUUGUCUACAGACACAGAGAGUUUGGGAUGUUCUCUUGUUUUCCCAGUUACCAGGGCUCUGGAUACCAGAAACCCCAGUGCACAGGAUUAUUCGGAUGUUGGAGAGGUGUCCUUCACCCACACUGGCGAUGCCUCAGGAUGUUUUCCAGGAGGUGACAUAAGUUUCAGGGAAAGGGGGAACACGUGAGGUGCUCCUGUCCUGGACUGGAGGAGGUUGGAUGGCAGUGGACGACCUGGUGGACCCAUCAUGGCCAUGCAGAUGUCAUGCAGGGAAGGAGGCAAAAGGGAUCUCUGAGGUGCCUUUAACCUAUAACAGGUUUAAUCCAAGGCCCUCAAACCAUGUUGCUUCUCCUCCUUGAGGGAGAUGUGUGCACACUGCGGUGUGUAUAUCUGCAAUGAAUUCACACGGGUCUGAGGACAAGUGAAAGCAAGCAGACAUGGCUUUGAGGACUCCUGCCUGCAUGCUGGGCACUGUCUUUACAGAGCCACACGUCAGAGAUGGAGGAGAAGGUGAAUGAUGAGAGCCCCUGCUCUACUUCCUUGAAGGACAGGAGGAAGCCCCAUGCCAUUAGCAGGAUGCCCCCCCUGGCUCAGGGUGAGUGAAGGUACCAGGGAAACACGACACGCACAGCCCAGAGGCAGUGCAAAGAAUCCCAGGGCACAGAAAACACACAGUUACUCCCCUGGUAUCUCUCGUAGACUCCUGAUCCCAGAUGAACCUGGAACCCCAUGUGUUCCCCAAACAUGCCCUCGUGGCCCAGCCCCUGCCAUGGCCAGAUGCAACAUCACUCUCCACUUAUUUGUAGGAAUAUCAGAAAAGAGGUGUGAAACCAUUUCACGUCCCAUUCUGUUUAGAAUAUAUUGCCAUUGUCGUACAUGUUUCCUCAAUGACUGUUCCCAGGUGUCCCGGUUCGCCUGACCAUCCUUCCACACCUUCCCCACAUCUGACACAUGUUCAUGAUGAGCAGGGAGAUUUUUACCCAAAGGACAUGGGACUCACUGUAUUAUGUCUACUGCUCUGCACUUUGGUUGCCAAGCAACACGUCCCUAGGGCCCUCCAGAUCAGGAGCAAGGACCUUACUACCUUACAACAUUCUGGAAAUGAGACCACUUACCUCACCCAUUCAGCCCUUCACAAAUGCGGGACUGUUACAUGAUUCCCUUCUGUUGCCAUGUCACAGUGCUGCACUGAACAUCCUACAUGUCCUAUUAUCCUGAUCCAACCUCUGCCAGGUAAUGUCCCUGUCUUCUGAUCCCUAGAAUGGACUGUGGUGUUAGAAAUCACAAAGACAGGGGCGCCUGGAUGGCUCAGUCGGUUAAGCCGCCGACUUCGGCUCAGGUCAUGAUCUCGCGGUCCGUGAGUUCAAGCCCCGCAUCGGGUUCUGUGCUGACAGCUCAGAGCCUGGAGCCUGUUUCAGAUUCUGUGUCUCCCUCUCUCUGACCCUCCCCCAUUCAUGCUCUGUCUCUCUCUGUCUCAAAAAUAAAUAAACGUUAAAAAAAAAAAAAGAAAUCACAAAGACAAUGCUGUUAAUGCAGGGAGGUGCUGUCCAUACUCAUCUAACAAUCUGACCUCAGAUCCUAACGUGUUCAGCCAUUCCCCACCUCAAAUUCUCACGUGAAUGCCAAGAUCCUUUUUCCUACUGUGUGCACCAGGUCUCACUCUUUCGACAAGUCACUGAGGGCUGGCGGGUUUGGUCUGCAUUCUGGACCCCAACCCUCCUGAUGUCCAUGGUGCUGUGUCUGACUUUGUGUCCCUCCUCUGUUCUAUCUCGGGGUAAAAAGGCCGCACCCGUGAACGAGAAUGAGAACUGUGUGGAGUGGACCAUCAAUGCAGGCCUGCUGAAGCAGUGAGUGGAGCACCUGGUGCCCGCCUUCCUGUGGAGAGACCCCACCUGCUUCUUCACAUUCUUGGGCACGUACAGAGCUUUUGCUACCACCCAACAGGUCCUGGAACUAUUGCUUAUGAGAUAUGGCUGCUUCCUUCCUGAGACUGAGGAAGAUGAUGGACCCCGGGAGCAGGAGAAAAUGGCCAUCUCCUCCAUUCUGGGCACCUGGCUGGACCAUUACCCUGAGGACUUUUUCCAGCCCCCAGAUUUCAUCAGCCUGCAGAUGCUGCGGGCAUAUAUAGGGGUCCACAUGCCAGGCUCCGAGCUGCAGCGCCAUGACUGCCUUCUCUACUCAUCACGGAGAAACCAUGAGCCCAAUGAGCCAGAAUCUCUGGCUAUGGCACCAGCUCCAGAGCAAGAUCCAGACGUCCCUCAGGAGCUAGCCCCCGCUAUCUCUGUGGUGCCCACUGCAGCUUCGCAGCCCAGGCUGCCUGCAGCCACCACUCAUCCUGGAGCUCAGCAAUUAGAAUUGGUGACCCUCCCUGCAGAGUCACCAAGAGUACAGGUGGUAGUCCCAGCUCUGAUUCACUGUCAGGAGCUGGAAGAGACACCUGCCCCUUUGGUGGACCCAACCCAGACUCUGAGCAGCCUCCAGCCCCAGCUGGCGGGGUCACGGAAGGGCUGGAGCAACCACCUGCUGCAGCUGAGCAACCAGCCUCGGCUCCCGAGCAGUGGCGCAUGUUGGCUGCAGCCCCAAAGGAUGCCCUGAUCCUGUCAUUGCGUUCUUUGUAAUUUUUGUGGUUUGUAUAGAGAUAUUUACUGUCCUUACAUAUUGUUUUGCAAAUAAAACAUAAAUUAACUUCAAAAGAAUUUACUCUGAUCCUUUCAAAUUACAAAUUCAAGUGUCAUUACGUACAUUCACAGGAUUUUACACCCGUGACCACUAUGUACUCCUAGAACAUUUCCAUCACAGAGACACAUGUACUACUAAUCACCCACGGCUCAUUCCCUCACCCCAGUCUCUGCAACCACUGAUAUCGGUUUCUGCUGCUUUAGCUCCUCCAAAAUUUUCAGGUGUGUGCAAACACACAACAUUGCCUGUUGUGUCUGGCUACAUAACAUGAGAGUGAUUAGUAAUUGGUUAAAUAUUCAAUGAAACUAAGAUUUUUAUGACAGAGGAAUAUUCCCCACAGAACAAAGAUUAUGUCAAGCUCCUCCUUGAAAUAUCUUCAUUAUCUGGCAUGG